CUCAGAAAUCAAAAGUUCUUUAACAGGAUAAAUGUCGCGUGGCGAGGUUGUCGUGUGGACAUGAAACCCUUACGUCUCAUGACGUCAGCGGAGAAGGGCUAACUCGCACACCGCCCACUGAUUGGCCGCGGCCGCCUCUCCGCAAUGAUGUCACGCCCAAGUCGCCAGCAAAAAUAUCUGCCAUCAACCACGAGACGUUCAUCCAAGUCUACCUUCGCACGUUGCAUUUAGGUACCGAUCUUUCUCCAACUCGCACAGCUACUUUAUUUUGCAGAUCAAGUCGUAGAACAGACUGCAAGCAUGGGACUCUCAGCCAUCUUUCACUGGGUGCUGGACUACCUCCUGUCCUGGGUUCGUUUAGCCCAAAAUAAGGAAUAUGGCUGGACGUCGUUCGACCGCAAGGCGAGCCUCUCCGCGUGGCCUCCCAUGCCUGAGACACGCUCGACUGAUAUCUCGCAGACUGGGCGAAUCGUCCGAGAGCAGCAGCCGCUCACCAAGAAGCUGCGGCUAUUGCUUCUCUUCAACCCCCUAACAGAAUGGAUCGACACAACUCACGCGAUGCGGCUCUACAUUCACAACAAGUCCUUGAAGAAGGGGAAGGAAGAGUGCAUUCCUGCCUCGCGGAACCAGAUCAAGGGUUUUGUUGAGACCUACGGUAUCAACAUGGAAGACUUUGACCCUUCGGAUAUCUCGAAGUACAGCACCUUCGAAGACUUCUUCAUCCGGCGCCAUGCUGAGGGCUCACGACCGAUCCACGAACCUGACAAUGCAAACUCGGCCGUCGUAGUGGCCGACAGCCGUGUUGUCGCAUACGAGUCAGUGGCAGAGACCAAGCGAUUGUGGAUAAAGGGAGCAGACUUUAGCAUCACGAAUCUAGUCAUGGACACGCUCCUCGGCGCACAGUUUGACGGUGCUGCCGUGGCAUCAUUCCGGUUGUCGCCCCAGGACUACCAUCGCUACCACUCGCCCGUCACGGGGCGAGUGAAGCUGUUCCGAAGCAUGCCGGGCGACUAUUACCAGGUUGACGCCAUUGCGCUGCACCGCAAGGUCGACAUCCUCACACGAAAUGCAAGGGACUACGUUGUCAUCGAGACCCAGGAGUUUGGCGACGUGCUCUUCGUGGCCAUCGGCGCGACAGAGGUGGGCACCGUCGACAUGCAUGAGAAGUGGCGAAAAGCCGGCGCCGAAAUCAAGAAGGGCGACGAGCUCGGCAUCUUCCAGUUUGGUGGUUCCUCGAUCAUGGUGGCUUUUGAAAGGGGGCGGAUUCGGUUCGACAAGGACUUGCUGGAUCUCAGCAAGAGCCGCAUCCAGGUUUCCGUUGAGGUGGGUAUGAGCUUGGGCACUGCGACGAGGGCAUGAAUUGUCAAAUGGAACGGGGGGCAGCACAAUCCCGUGCAACGUGCCUCACGAGAACUCCGUCACCAAUGAUAAAAGUCAAAGUGGCUGCCAUCGUCCUAGCGGGCUCAGCCGACUUCAAAAACAACCUCAACAGCUUGGAUAUGUUCGGCCAUCGCUUGCAGGCCAAGGUAAUCAAGGUGGUUAAUGUAUCGUACGGUGAGGAGAAUGGCUUCACCAAGCCAUUGAGCUAUCAUCAGAGACGCUUGGAAACGUCAAGUUCGUUCAGGAGCAGAACCUUAUUAGCGAGUACUUUGAGAAGAUUGGCCAGACCCUGUGAGACCCGCCCAUACCACAGCGGCCACGUUCCACUUCCUCGUCUAAGGGGCGCAUUGAACAAGUGCUAUUUCGUUCCGUCCCUC